GCGGCGCGGCGGCUCGCGCUACCAGUACGCGCCGCCGCCGGGGCUGGCGACGGCCACCGCCGACAUGACGCCGUUCGCCACCCCGCGCGGCUCCAUCGCCGAGCCGGGGCCCGUCGGCCGGCCCCUGCUCGACUUCGCACCACUCCCCGAACAGGGCCACGAGAUGACGGCGGGGCCCACUCCAGUCUCCCCCCUCGUCUUCCACUGGUUCUACGCCAAGGCCCGGUCGUCGGACUCGAGCGAGACCGACUGGCUGCCCUUCUCUCGGGCCGACUGUGAUGCCCUAGAGAAGGUGUACCAGUCUGGUGAGGCCGGCCUCGGGCAGCUGGUGCCCGUGCUGGGGCGCCGUCAUGACGUGGACGUGGCUCUGCGUCUGAUGACGCCCGUCUACUGGGAGUGCGCCCCGGUCGCCGUGCGCCGCUGCUCCUGGUUCUCCCGCGGCGCGCACGAGACCAAGUUCGUGCCUUACGAGGAGGAGGUGGCCGCCCGGCUGGAGGAGCUCUACGAGGAGUCGUCGCGCACGGGCCGCUGGCACCGCGACCUGCAGCUGGGCGAGGACGGCUACGCCAUCCUGCACUCGCCCGGCUGCCUGGUCCACCACCCGGGCAUCACCGCCGCCUGGGAGCACGUCAACCUGCCGGACGACCCGAGCCGACCACGCCAGCUGCGCCGCGGCUGGGACACGGUGGAGGGCGCCGUGACGCCGGCCGACGAGCCGGAGCUGGUGAACCAUCUGGUGUUCGUGGUGCACGGCAUCGGGCCGUGGUGUGACCUCAGGUUUCGGCGGGUUACCGAGUGCGUGGAUGACAUGCGCCUGAUGGCGGCCGAGAUGGCCUCGUCGCACUUCGGCGGCGCGCUGCAGUCCGGCCAGCUGGGCCGGGUCGAGUUCCUGCCGAUCAGCUGGCAUGACGCGCUGCACGGCGCCGCCAACGGCCUGGACAGGGCCCUCCGGCUCAUCACGCUCCCCAGCAUCCCUCUGCUACGCGAGUUCACAAACGACACGAUCGUGGACGUGCUCUACUACACCAGCCCCAUGUUCUGCCAGCUCAUACUCCGCACCGUCGGCAACGACAUCAACUCCAUCUACGCCAAGUUCUGCCAGCGCCAGCCGGAGUUCUCUGGCGCCGUCUCCGUGGCGGGACACAGCCUGGGCUCGCUCAUUCUGUUCGACCUGCUUUCGAACCAGACCGGCGAGCAGCCGGAGACCGCGGCGGCGGCCGCAACCCAGCAGGAGGCGCCCGCCUCCGAGGACGACCGGUUCGCCGGCGUGCUCGACUCGUUGAAGCUCAGCCACCACGCGGAGACGCUGCGCCGCGCCGAGAUCGCCGACCUGACGGCGCUGCGCCGGAUGACGCCGCAGGACGUGGACGCGCUGGGUCUGCCGGUCGGCGCCCGUCGUGCGCUCCUCUGCUGGCAGGAGGAGGUCAGCGGCAGCGUUCCGGCCGACAAGAUGGUGACGGUGUCGUACAACUCUGGCACUGGCCAGCCGGCCAUGGAAUACCCUCAGCUGGCCUUCAAGCCAGACUGCUUCUUCGGCAUGGGAAGCCCCAUAGCCGUGUUCCUGCGCAUCCGAGGUGUGAGCCAGCUGGGGCCCGACUACCGGCUGCCCACGUGCCGGCGCGUGUUCAACAUCUAUCACCCGUACGACCCGGUGUCGUACCGCAUGGAGCCGCUCAUCCAGCCGGAGAUGGUGCGCCGCCGGCCCGUGCUCGUGCCGCACCACAAGGGACGCAAGCGGAUGCACCUGGAGAUCAAGGACCAGAUGGUGCGCAUGGGCACCGAGCUGAAGCAGAAGCUGCUGUCGUCGCUGCAGAUGACGCUGGGCUCCGUCUACAAAAUGGGCUGGACGGCGGCCGACGACGACGCCGCGGAAGAGAGCACAGCCGCGGCCGGCGACGAGGGCGACGAGGACGAUGCGCUCAGCCUCCCGGUGGGCUCGCUGAAUGGCGGCCGGCGCGUCGAUUACGUUCUGCAGGAGAAGCCGUUCGAGUCGCUCAACGAAUACGUGUUCGCCUUCCAAAGCCACCUGUGUUACUGGGAGUCUGAGGACACGCUGUUGCUGCUGCUGAAGGAGGUGCUGCGGGGCUCCGGCAUCGAGUUGGAGUCUCCCUCUCAGCGGCCGCCGCCACCCGAGGCGACCGCCGCCACCGGUACCGCCGCCACCGCCGCCGAGCCUGUCCUUAUGUCUUCCGCUGCCGACGUCAUGCCUGCGCCUACUGCUGCGACCGCCGCCCCAGUUUGUCUCGUCGCUGUGGCGGCGGCAUCGGACGGCGCAGCUGCGUCCGGCGACGUAGCUGGUGUCAAACGCGUGCCCGGCGUGCGCGUGUGA